AGCUGAUCCCAAAUAUCCAAUAUGGCUCAGAAAACUCUUUAAGAAUUGCUGGAACAAUAUAAUUCUGGUGAGAAAUCCGACUCUAAUUUUGAACUAUUGUGGAUAUUUUUUUCUUAACUCUUACCUUUCGACUGUUAACUGAUGUUCAGGCUACGAAACAGGUGUAAAGUUGUGUUGGUAGAUGUUUUGUUUGUGGGAGGGAGUGACAUACUUACCUAUUUCUCUUUUAAGAAUACAAUGUUUAAGUGUGUAUAAAUGUGAAAAACCCAGAUACUUAGCUGUUUAAAGUAAUUCGACGUAGUAAAGGCUCAAAUUUUUUCGAAAUUUUCUAAGCAAAUAACUCAGAAUCGAAAAAGGUUCGUGUAUUUUCAAACAUAAUGAUUUUAGUCCUACUAUGUUUUGGCACAUUUUUGUGAAUAGUAUCCAAUGAUUAGGCAACUUUUGGCCGUAUGUUACUUCCUUGAUAAGUGCAUAUACAUUUUGCUCUGGUGUCUUACCUCUAGUGGUGGUUCAUCCACCCAAACUAUCCAUUCAAUUCUCAAAAUGUGCUCGGCCAAAAAAAAGGUGUGUAAGCUGCAGUUUCAAUUCUGUGAUGGCUCCAACAUUUAAGUUUGUAUUAUGCUUGUAGCCUCAUAAAUUCAGACAAAAAUGACUUUUUCAUGUUUUUGCUCCUAAGGUUAAUGUGUACUUAGUAAAUAUAUUUUUUUCAAUAAAGCUUGUAGCUUUGAAGGUGAUGUAAACAACAAAUUCUAAGAACUUGUACAUGAACAAUAUCCAGAUGAAAGGAGUUUCACAAGGAAAAGGUCCUGAGGGAAGCUCUGCCCAACACAGAGCACAUUCACCUAAUAAUGAUCCCUCUGAAGAUGGAAAUCCAGGAGAUAGAGUAAGUCAUAUUUGAUGAAUCUACAGUGGUAACCUUUAGGGAGCUAAAUUGUCUUCAUUGAAUCUGGAGAAGCUCUUGUGAUUCUCAAUGAUCAUGUCCAAAACAAUUGUUUGAUAACUUUUACCAAAGUAAACUAUCAGUAGUUUAAAAAGGGUAAGUUUCAAAAUAAACUCAGGUAUUCACUUUCAAUCUUAGUUAGGGAGCUGGUUAAUGAAAUAUCAUUAUGUUUAUUCAUAUUAUGUAUUUGUAUUAUCAUUAUAUUCAUUGCACUAUAUAAAUUGAUCUGACCACAUUUAUGUUAAAUAAGGCAAUUAAACACAGUUGUUAUUGCCAGAAAAUGAGCAGCCCUUCUGGUUAUGUGGAUUGUUGAAAUUUCAUCACAGCUGGUUUCUUUUAGUUCUUGAGAAGUUCAGUAGCAGCCUUUUCUUAGCAGUCCUGAACACUUUUGUAGCAGAUUGUGGAGAUUUGCCAACCCUGGUGGUGGUUCUCCAUCUUACAGCUACCUGACUAUAGUGAAAGCCCUUGGACAUUCUGUGCACCCUCCUUCCAAAGAAGAAGGCAGCAGUUAACUUGUACUUUACUAAUGAUUGUUAUAUGAUUAUUUUAGGCUGACCCCAGCUCUCAAGGUGACCUCAAACUGCUUGAUGGGGAGAAAACUCAAGCAAAUGGUAGUUAUCACUUUAUGUUUACUGGUAAACAAAAGAAGAUGCUCAAAUCUUACAAAUUACUUUAUUAACAAAAACUGAGAUGUGAAAUUGGUAUGUCAUUUGUGACUUAGUGAUUGAAUUCAAGACUUUCAUAUCAUUAACUAUGUGGACUGCUUCUAUUCUGAGCAUAAUAGCUUAGGAAUUUUUGGUAAGACAAGACAAAGAGUGUGAUACUGAACUUGAAGGAUCACACAUACACUCCUCCACAAGGAAGAGGUCUUAUUGAUUUAAGGCUGCAUUAUGCUGGUGUGAUGUAGCUUUUUUGAGCAUGCUUUGAUUUGCAUCAACAGCAAAAGAAGUUACCUAUUUAUGUCCCUUCUCUGGACCAGUACGUGGUACACUUCAGAUUACAAAUUACAGGCUUCACUUCAAGGCAGAUGAUGUAAGAAUUUAUACAUAGCUAAACUGUGUUUAAAUCUGAGAGUUAUUAUGUUGAGUGUAUUGUGUUUUAAAUGAGAGUUACUAUGUUGAGUGCAUUGAUAAUGUUGCUCACAACUGUUGCUAUGUAUUGGCAUUACUUUUAUUGUGGUGGAGUUUAAAUUUACUGUGGCAUUUUAAGUUGUAUUGAUAACUAAUUAGUACUCUAAAUUAUUAUGUUGACCAAACAAAGUGUGAUCCUCAUAACAUAGAAUUAGUAGCAUGUUUUGAAUAUUUGUAUCUCUACUUCAUUAUGGAAUGGAACGUAUGUGGUACAAAAGGAUGAGGGAAAUGAUGAGUCAUGAUUAUCGGUGUUGUUACCUUCAAGCAUGAAACUAUUGAUUAUCUUAGCAUCAGACAAAUUUACCCAACUGGGGGGUACUGUUAUUUUACUUUAAAAAAUAUUGGAUAGAAUUUAAGGUAGAAUAGAACUGUGUCCUUGUAAAAAUUUCAAUGAUGUAGAAAUGCAAAGCCCAAAAUGUGCCAUUGCAGCUGUAUCAAUCAUUGAUAGACAAGUGAAAGAGGUGCUCUGCUCUGUUCAUAAUUUUCCAGGAUUCUAGUAAGAUAUAUUGUAAAUACAACUUACAGUAUUAAAUAUUUACCUGCCUGGACCACCAAUAUUGGAUGUUGAAUAUCAUUCUUGAAAUCAUUUCACUUUUAUUAGGACCCACCCUUUACAGUAGAAGUACCUCUUGGUACCAUUUAUCGAGUAGAAAAGAUUGGUGGGACCACCAGUAGAGGUGAAAAUGCCUAUGGUCUGGAACUGUACUGCAAGGUAUGGUCUUCUGAAUGUCAAGAAACUAGACAGUACCUAUUUAUGCUCAGUACUUCAUGGAAUAUUCAGCCUGGGCUGAGUUUAUAAAUUCAUCAUUAAAUAUACAUACUAAUUCUCUGUGAAUAUUCUUUUUGUUUUGGUUUAUGCUUACUGUAUGUCUGGUAUUUUUGCAAACUACUGCUACAUGUUAAAAGAAAUUAUGUAGACUUUUCUCUUUUCAAGGAUUUACUAGAAAAGAGGUGCUAUUUUUAAUGCUGAUCAUUUUUAUCAGUUAAUAAUUUUACUACAAUUGUUUGUUAGGUUGUCUCAGUAGUACUUCUUGCCUUAAGAAAAUACUGGCCCUUGAUUUUUUUUGCUCGCAGUUCCAAAAGUUAGUUUAGUAUACCCCAUCUUUUAUUAUUGAAUUACAAUCAGUGCAUCAAGAUUCUGCUUUUAAGCAAGGUUAAGGAAACUUAUAGAGGGGAUAAGUGAAGGGUCCAGGUUCCUCCCCCCCCUCCACCUUCCCAAACUGCCAGUUCUCAUAAAAUAAUUUCAUAUUCAUUCCCAGGACAUGAGAAAUCUACGUUUUGCACACAAGCAAGAGAAUCACUCUAGACGAAUAAUCUAUGACAAGCUUAUGGUAUUUAUCUUGAGUCUCUGUAAUGAUUCUGAUGCCUAGACAGGUUAUGAUUGAAGCUCAAAUCUUGUAGCAGUUUUAGGCAAGAAGAUAUUAAGAUAUUUACCAACCAAGGCUGAUAUUUGGUUGAUUGUCUUUUACUGAAAGUAUUCAGUUCUGGUUGGUACUGAUUAUAUUAUGCGAGACUGAGUUGUGGCUAACUUCGAACCAUGUAUAUUAAAUAAUGCUGUAAUAAUACAAAAACAAAGGAAACGAAAAUCAAACAAGCUUAAAACACUUUAAUUAAAAUCAAUUUUUUUAUAUACUGGCAAAUUCUUUUCAUUUUCCCUGAUUUGCCCAUCUUUGUGGGGUUAUAGAAAACUGUGUACCAUGGUGGUGUGAUUUAUGACCUCUUACUGUAAACCAGAAAAAAACUGUGUACCAUGGUGGUGUGAUUUAUAACCUCUUACUAUCAACCAGUAAAAAACUGUAUACCAUGGUGGUGUGAUUUGUGAUCUCUUACGUCACAUGAUAGUCAAUUGAUACAAUGUACACCCGCGCAAGUCACCUGUGCAACAUAAGGUUUGCAGAUGGCACUUGAUAUGGGGUUUAAGGUUACUUUCUUUCAUUGAUGGUUGAGAAGAAUAUGGAAGUCCUCUCUAAAGUUGCAUGUUUUAAUAAAAUCACAGAAACUAUUUAAUGAUGACAUAGAACAGUGCUCAAUCUAUUGUCAAUAUCUGUUUUUAACAUCAAAAUGUUGGUGAAAAUGCAGUUCCUAUUAUUAAACAGUAACAUGUUUUCUGCAAGUAAAACAAUUAUGUACCAAAUCAAGAAAUGUUGCAAUUAUCAGUAUACUGUACAUAUGUAUGAAGGUUAAAUGAAAUUUUCAAGAUUUAAUUUGUAGCAUGUGUACAUGUAGACUGCUUAUUGUAAUCUUCCAUCAUGAGAGAACUUGAGAUCUGACUAUGAGAAUGACUAUGACUAAGAGUUUUGGCUUGGAAUAGAGUGGCAUUUAGCCCCUUGUAACAAAUUUAUAACUAUAGAUAAACAUGAUGUAACACACAAGAGCUUUUUCAGAAUUAGGAAAACACUUCACAAAUUGAUGCCAAGCCCUGUUGAAGAUACCUUCUUUGAAAUUCUCUUUUUUGUGUGUGUGUUCCUGAAAUAGUUUUAUCUGAGAUUUCCAGAAAAAAAUCUUAGUUGGUGACAGGUCGGCUAGGACUUUUUCAGAGUUAGUGUGACCUGUCAUGUUAUGAAGCAUGCACACUACUCUUAGCGAGGAAAACUAAUAGUCCUACUCAUAGUUAGUCUAAAACUCUCUCCUAUGUUUUCAUGUUCAUCUAGGUUUAUGCAUUUCCUGCAACAAAUUCAAAGGUGCGGAUAAAUUCUUAUUUUUACUAUUAAUAAAAUUAAACUGUUUGUUGUGCUGGGGGUGCAUUAUGAGUUCUUACUGUUAAAAGUUGCUCUAUGCAUGCAUUUUUCUGUUAGUAAAGAAAAUCUCAAUAUCCUCUCUUCUCUUUUCAAUACAUUUCCUUUCAAUUGAUACUGACAAGGAGAAUUCAUUUAACAAUCAAAUCUUCUUAGGCUGGUGAUCAUUUCCUUUAUUUCCAUGACCUUAAUGGAUGAUUCAGCAGUAUUGCUGUGAGAAGAAAUUACAUGCUAAAGUCACUCUUUGGGUUUUAAUAGUUAGGGGUAGACUGUUUAACAAAUCCUAGACAUGGAAAACACUUGAGGUAGGGUUUCAUGUAGUAUUCUUCAUGUCUCAUAGAGCGGAUUCUUAGUGCAUGUUCAAGGAUUAUUAAUUUAUUUGAGAUACCUUUGGUUCACAGCCUUUCUUUGCCUUCUCCUACAAAGAAAGAUUUGAUAUCAAUGGAUGGGAUAUCUACGAUCCAGAAAAAGAGUUUCAAAGACAGGUAAAUCUGAAAUACACUGUAUAAGCUCAAUAGGCACCACAGUAACAAUGUAUUUAUAGUAUUUAAGACUUUCUACACCACACAUAUGUCCACUGCUAAUUUUGAUUUGUUUUCUUGACACUUUUUGUUACUUGUUCUUAUUCUUUGUGAUGUGAUACAGACACUACAUAAUAUUAUGUUUUCUAACAGAAUGUACCCAAUGAGUGUUGGCAAAUCACAAGAAUCAAUGAAAAAUAUGAGCUGUGUGAUACCUAUCCUGCUCUGGUAUGACUUUAACAUGCUUAUUUUGUAAUGUCUUUUUUUUUUUUUUUUUGAAAAUCAGGCUCAAAAUUUCCAAAUGAUAUGAACGAUCAAAUAGAGAUAAUACCAUGAAAGCUGCCACACAAAUUUCCAGCUCAAACUGGAAACAGUGGACAAAGAGCUGCCUUCGGGAAGUACCACCUCUAUAUCCUACCAUCUGUGCUGAUGUUGUUUGAGUGAAGAGCUAUUGUAAGGGGAAUUAAUUACUUCUUUGAUCCUGGGUGUGUGGUGGUGGAAAUCACUAUAAUUAGGGACACUUCACCUCCUCCAAAGCAGAUCCUGUCUGGCCAUGUGGGUGUGGUCUGAAACUACUCUGGACAGUGUUUUAUUCAUGUAGUUACUGACUCAUUUUGUGUUGCUUGGCCAAGGUGUUGAUCGAAUCAGAUAUACUCAGUAUUGUUCCCCAGGAUGUUUACUGAUUACUGAUUACUGAUUACUGAUUACUGAUUACUGAUGCUUAAUGCUCUGUUUAGUUUGCAGUACCUGCUUCAGUGUCAGAUGAAGAUUUAAAGAAAGUUUCUUUAUUCCGCAGCAGAGAGAGAAUUCCAGUGAGUUAACUAGUAUGCAACUCUUUCAAUCCAAGAGCAAAGAUAGCCAAGUUAUAGUGCAGUUCUUGAAAUAAGAACAAAAAUCAGGCGACUUUCCAUUGAAAUCAUUCAAGUUAAGUUUGUUUGAAAUUUGGGGAUAAAUAGAAGUAUCAGUUUCUUACCUGGACACUCAGUUCCUUUGAGCAAUGAUAGGACAAAGGACUUGUUACAAAUUUGUUAAUAUAAUUUAACAUCUGCUUCUCUUUGUUUUCAUGUUUCUUUUUCUUUUUUUCAAUUAUUCUAGGUACUCUCCUGGGUGCAUCCAAAGAAUUCUGCUUCUAUUACUCGAGCCAGUCAGCCUAAUGCUGGUCUUGUUGGAAAAACCAGAAACAAAGAUGAUGAAAAAUAUUUUCAGGUCAGAUACAUCAAUUUUAUUUAGGUUUUCAGUAGUAAGCCUUCCGUGACCACUGAGAGCAAACUGAAGGUCACAGUUCUUUUGUUUCUCUAUUUCCUGUUUGUUGGCAUUGAGCUUUAAAAGAUCUGCCAUUUUUGGGACGAUUCCGACUUUCAGUCCAGAACCUUGUUUGUUAAGUUAUGCCUUGCCAACUUGAAACGUAGCUGAAAGGAGUCAUUAUAGGAUUUUUUUCUGUUACCAGGCCAUUCUAGAUACCAAUGCGAGAGGACACAAGCUGAUCAUCAUGGAUGCAAGGCCUAAGAUAAACGCUCUGGCAAAUCAGGUAUUUUGAACGGAUCUCGAGUUUUGCAAGUUUCAGAGCCUGUUCGUGGCUGUCAGUUUGCAAGGAGGAGUGAAGAAGCAAGCCAAACAAGAGAAAAAUUAACGGGAAACUAGUCACUCAAAAGGCACCCUCUUUUUUUUUCUAACCAGCUCAUUUUUUUUAUCUUCACUCUUCAAGAGCCUAGUACAAGCUACAAGUUUUUGAAAUUUUCUGAAUUUCUGUGACGUUAAUUUCAGGCUAAGGGAGGAGGGUAUGAAAUGCAAGAGAAUUACCAGAACACAGAGCUAGUUUUCUUGGAUAUUGCAAACAUUCAUGUCAUGAGAGAAAGGUAAUGUAUGCGGUGAAUUAGCAAAUGUGUCGUUCAGUUUUGACUAUUCCUUAAACCAUUUCUGAGUAAUGCCAUUUGUGCUUGUUACACUGCCAUGUAGGGUUCAGUUAUCAGUAAAACUGCAUUCCCACCCCUUCUAUUUUCUAUUUCGUUUAUAGCUUGCGUAAACUUAAAGACAUCUGUUAUCCUACAAUUGACGAUGUUCACUGGCUCACAAACCUGGAGGGCACUCAUUGGCUGGAUUACAUCAAGGUCUAAUUACUAAGAAGAUAACACUUUAGAGGUCUUGAAACAUUGGGGGAGUUGGGGGGGGGGGUGGUGAGGGCCCAAAGUAUACAAGUGAGGCGCAAAAUCCCUACUUCAUUAAAAUUUUCAAAAAGUUAUAUUACCGUUUUUCAUUAUUACAAACAGAUAUCUUUGGAAUCUUAGCAGGGUCCAGUUUGCCAGUUAUCAAUUAAUUAAUAACACUGUAUAAGUAGGCAGCUAUUCGAAAACAGCUCUGAAAGAUCGUAUUUCGCCAAGCGCGAGCCUUAUGAAACGAUUUGUUGACCGACUAAUUGUCUAAAUGAAUUAAGGGGGUUAGUUUCCAAAGAAAUUGUGGUGCUGCGUCGGUGGAAGAAUAUAACAGGGCAAUUUAGUAUUAUCAACUGACGAAGCGCUGACGCUGACUGACUGACUGACUGACUACCUGACAAACUGACUGACUGGCUGGCGGGCCGAUAGUCUGAUUGACUGACAGACCGGCUGACUAUCUCGCAAACAAACAGACUGACUAACUGACCAAUGGACCGGCGAACCGACCAAUGAACUGACUAAUUGAUUGACUGAACUGGUAGGCUGGCUGGUUUCUUGACUCAUUGACGGACUCGCUCACUAACUUUUUGAACGAUUCGCCGUUUAAAGGACUGACUGACUGACUGAUUGCUAGGCUGAGGAACUACUGAUGUCACGCAAGUUUUGUUAUUGAUCUCGCUGACUGUCUGAUUGGUUUAAAAUCAAUUUUAGGUCAUUCUUUCUGGUGCAGUUAAAAUAGCUGAUGCCGUGGACAGAUGUCGCAUGUCAGUUGUUGUGCACUGCAGUGACGGCUGGGAUAGAACGUCGCAGGUGAGACCAAAGGCAAUGCUGGUCAGCGAUCUUGCGCGCUGCUCAAAUUUUGGGAUUGCCUUUUUUCCAUAUACGUACGUCUCGUCAUUUCAUUCAUUUGUAUGUUGUGCUUUAGGUGGUAAAGAUAAUGUGUGUUUCUUUGUCUCCUUAGCUUACCGCCCUCGCUAUGCUUCUCCUUGAUCCUUUUUACAGAACCAUUGAAGGAUUUGAGGUAAAUUUUAAAAUAUUUUCUGUGAAAUGCCAUCCAGUGUUUCUUAAGAAUACUGCAUUAGUAUUGCCUGUAAUUUCUCCACAGGUUCUGAUUGAGAAAGAGUGGACAAGUUUUGGGCAUAAAUUUCAACAGGUAUACGGUUGGUCACUUAAUAGCUUCGCCUCUUCCUUUUUGUUUUUGUUUUUAGUCUGUUCAUUUGCUUGUUUUCACUAACUAACUACUGUUCUCUGAAAUGUUAGCGUUAUGGCCACGGAGACAAGAAUCACGCAGAUGACCAGCGUUCGCCAGUAUUCAUUCAGUUCAUAGAUUGUGUGUGGCAAGUCACCAAACAGGUUUGUGUUAUAGAGCUGUUUUCAACAGAGUGUGGAAAACCACAACCAAAGUAAUCACAACAGCCAAUCGGAGCAAAGGCAAAUAUCACAAGCAACUAGUGAGAACUCAUCGAGACCUUCCGCUCGUUUUGUCUUUCUCGGUGGUGUACGUACACCAGUCAAAAGGAGUAUUGAAGUGAAACCAAUGCAAUGUCGGUUACUUUCCGCUCCUGAAUUCAAAUCCCUCUGCUCAAAAAAUUAUCCAAACACUCGAUCUCGACUUUGUCUCACUUAUUUCACUGCUCUCGAAGACAGUUCUGCGUGCUUUAUGGAAGUCUUCUUGAGAAAGAUUAACCCUUUAACUCCCAUGAGUGACCGUGGCUGAAUUACUCCUUACACUGAAUUUUGAAACAACAUCAAGCAAACGAGUGAUGAGAAUAAAGAAAAAUAUCAAAUUAGGGGAUUAUCAGUUGAUCCAAUACCAAAUUCUCCAAAAUAACAUCAUGAGAAUUGUAUGGCAAACAGUAAGGAGAAUUACUAAUGUGAUCGUGGAAGUGGAAGGGUGAAAUAGUCCUUCACGCUACGACAGAACUCUCUCCCCAGUCGACUGUAUUCUGUUUUUAUCUUUCAGUUUCCCUGUGCUUUCGAGUUCAACGAACAUUUCUUGAUAACUGUGUUGGAUCAUCUUACAAGGUAACAGCAACCAGUUUCUUGUAUCUGCCUUUUAUUCUAAUUUUCCGAGACACUGAAAACUUAUGGACCGUUAGCCUCAGUUAAGCUUCAGUUUUGCGUUUUUUUUUCUUUCUCAGCUGGAGCUCGUUCGCGUUUGUCGGGAAGGGUUUUAACAUUAAGUAUUUUUUUACUCGUUUUAUCUUUCAGCUGCUUGUUUGGUACUUUCUUGUACAACUCAGAGUACCAAAGAGUUAAAGAGGUGAGUGUAGGGUUGGUGCUUAUAUAUGUUGUGGUUUAAUUUUAUCCUUGGUUCAAAUUUUAUUUUCCUUUGUUUCAAACUCAUUAUCAUACAUUACAACACCCAGAAACGAAAGAAAAUAAAAUUUGAACCAAGGACAAAAUUAAACCACAACAUAUACGCUCGCUGCCUUGUUUCGUCCAUUUUAUCCACACUGAGUGAGUUGUUUUUUUGGAGUGAAGACGCUAGCUUGUGUUCAAUUUGUAAUUGCUACUCCUCGCCUGCUCGCCGAUCUCUUUUCUUUACUUCCUCAUUUGUCACUUUUGUUUCAUUUUAGGACGUGAAAGUUAAGACUGUUUCUCUGUGGACUUACAUUAACACACGUGUAAGUAACUUGAGCUUUCUUUCCUUUCAUCAAAGUACCAGUCAAGUAAGGCAGACAGAACCGCAAGUUUACACACGGUGGAUUUCAUCGCCUCAAUGGAACAUACUUUGAAAUAACAUCCAGUUGUUUGUUUGUUUGUUUUUUUUUUAAUCUCUCCGGCUCUUUCAAGUCACUAAUGGAAUCGUUUGCCUACGUUUUCAGCUCAUGGAGUUUAAGAAUCCCUUGUAUGCUCCACAUCUUCAUCAGCAUGUAAGUACAACCCUGUACACUGUGUUACCCCUGGGUUCAAACCAUUUACUCUAUUACUGUACACUAUACCCCCAAGCAGUUAGUCAUGUAACCUGCAUCGCAGGCGCGCUAAAAAAACGCAAGUAAGACGUGAAAGAGAGAUCAGACACGCGUGACUUAUUGUUCGUGCGAGACAUUCUCACCCCGCCCGAUUAACUCAGGCACCUGCCACGCAAAGUGAUGAACGGCUGUGGUGCAGACGUAGAAUUCGUCUAGCAUACCAGCCGGCUUGUCAGUUAAUCAUUCAGACAGUUAGUCGGGUCGUUGCUUGGUCGGUCGGCUAGUCAGGCAGUUAGUCAGGUCGUUGUGCGGUCGGUCGGCUCGUCAGUCAGUGAGAAGAUCCGCAAAAAAGUCAUUCAGUAAUACUCCUUUUGGGGUUUCUUUUCAGGUUUUGUUUCCUGUUGCUAGUAUGAGAAGACUGGAUCUGUGGACUCGCUAUUACAUUCGCUGGAAUCCCACAAUGCAACCGCAGGUAGGAGUGAUUUUAUUUACACAUUUCAUUUUGUCCGAUGUGGAGGAAUCGGUAGACGUUCAUUGCUUCGCAAAGGUUCGCAAGUUUACUCCUUGAAAUACCAUAUAAGCAUUAUCGUGCGAAAAGUGGUAUGCCUCCUCCCUCAGGUCCGCGCGGCGCGGUAUCUUCAUUUUCUUUUUUUACUGAAUUUUUUGGCUCACGCUACGGACUACACCGAAAAGAUGGGAUUGCUCGUAGUCUUUUGGGAACAGAAAAAAAUGAGAUUACUCUUUGACCUCGUUUUUCUUCUUGUGGGUUUGUCGAGGAUUUCCACAUCCAUCUUACCUCCCUUCAGUUUUUUGAACAUGACUAUUUAAAGGUAACAAUUCGAACAAAAGUUGGGGCCUAGAAGCGAAGAUGUUUAUAAGGCAGUACCUUCGCCGAUGGCCAUUUUCAUGCAAACAGGCUUAUAACCAGGGGAAAGGAGGGGGGGGUUUAAUGAGAGUAGGAGUUAGGAAGGGGCGAACAAAAACGCGCGUCUGUUUGCCCGCAAGAAGAUUUUAGCCGAGUUGGGGAGAGGUUUGUUGAGGGUCUGGCACUUGAUAUUUUUCACCAUUACACAAUGGCUCGCACUUAACCGCGCGCGAAAAACGCUCGUACCAAAGUGCUAAUACUAAGGGUCUGCUUUUUUACCUCUUGUUUUGAAGGAAUCUGAGGAGCAGAGAAGCCGAGAGUUACAUUUCCUCUGUGAGCAGGUAAGGACGCAAUUUAGGUUAUGGGAUCGAUCAACUUAAAACUGGCGUUCGAAGUGGGUUUGCAACUAAUUGUCUGCCUGAUUAUCCCUGCAGCUUCGCCAGAAGUGCGAGGAACUGGAGCGAGAAAUCUUGGCUCGUACAUCAGUUGAAGUACCUUCCACUCCUGAUGCCAUGUCUGUCAAUAGCAACCAAUCACAGCAGUGGGCCCAGUCCUCGGCGGUCUGACACAUUAAACUGCAGCAAUGGUUGUGUGCAGAGCCCGCGAAUAAACGGUGGCUAUUUCUACGGACGUCUGCCAUGGCCGUUUUAGCCGUUCUAUUUUAAUAUGAAUUAUGUUACCACAAACAUGUGGUGUAUUUUUUUUCGUCGUCAAAUGUUAUAAAUUUCCUUUCGAAUGCCAUAGUUGGCGUUUUCUCUGAUGAAAGGUCAGAUAACAUUGUCUGCACCAG